CAGUCGCGGCGGGGAUGGCGGCGGCGGCGGCGGCGCUUCUCGGGCUGCUCCUGCCGCUGCUGGGCUCGGCCGCCCCGGCGGAGGCGCGCGGGGACCCGGCGCGGGAGGCGGCGCGCUUCGCCCUGGCCGAGGCCUUCCCGGCGGGGCGCCCCCGCGGACUCUGGGCGCUGCGCGGGGCCAGCGGGAGCCAGGUGGAGAACGAUGUCAGGCACCACCUGGAGGUCACCCUGCUGCGGAGUCCGUGCAAGAGGAAUGAAGUGAAUGACGUGGCAGACUGUGGCACUUCUGGGUCUGUCCCUCUAGGAAAACCGGAACACAUGUCCUGCCACUUCGAGGUGUGGAGUCAGCCUUGGGCAAGCAGGAGGCGUCUGCUUCGGCAAGAGUGUCAUCCCACCGAGCCGUGGGAGAAGAUCCAGGCAGCUGCGCUGGGGGCGUGGGAGGCGUUUCCUCUGAGGGGUCCUUCUGCGGAAGCAGCUGAGGAGCCCUUGAGGCAGCAGAAGAUGUCUCUCCAGAAUGCCUCCACCCACCUGGUCUCUCUCUUCAAGGAGUUUCUGACCACCUUCAAGAAGACCUACCCGGACAAAAAAGAAACCCAAAGGCGCUUCCAGAUCUUUGCUGAGAACCUGGAGAAGGCCCAGGUCAUCCAGGAGCUGGAUCAGGGCACAGCAGAAUAUGGAGUCACCAAGUUUAGUGACCUGACAGAGGAAGAAUUCCGCUCCAUGUACUUGAAUCCGCUGCUGGUGAAGUUACCUGGCCGUCCAGUGAAAGCGGCCCCCAUCCCCAACGGUCUGUCCCCUGAUGAGUGGGACUGGCGGGACCAUGGGGCUGUCACGGGGGUGAAAAACCAGGGCGAGUGCGGGUCCUGCUGGGCGUUCUCCGUGACCGGCAACGUGGAAGGGCAGUGGUUCCUCCGCAAGGGCUCCCUGAUUUCCCUCUCUGAGCAAGAGCUGGUGGACUGUGAUCUUCUGGACCAAGCCUGUGGAGGGGGCCUGCCUUCCAACGCCUACGAGGCAAUUGAGCAGCUGGGUGGCCUGGAGACCGAGCGGGAUUACAGCUACCAAGGCUUUGAACAAAAGUGUGGCUUCUCCAGGGAAAAAGUGGCUGUUUACAUCAACAGCAGCGUGGCCAUCUCCCGGGACGAGAAGGCGAUUGCAGCCUGGCUGGCUGAGAACGGCCCCAUCUCCAUUGCUCUGAACGCCUUUGCUAUGCAGUUCUACCGGAGGGGGAUUUCCCACCCGUUCUUCGUGCUCUGCAAUCCCUGGAUGAUAGACCACGCUGUCCUGCUGGUGGGCUACGGCACCCGUGGCCACGUUCCCUUCUGGGCGAUCAAGAACAGUUGGGGUGAAGACUGGGGAGAGAAGGGCUACUACUACCUGUAUCGCGGCAGCCACGCCUGUGGCAUGAACACCAUGUGCAGCUCAGCAGUGGUAAAUUAGCCAGCCUCGAUCCUUCCCAGACGCCUCUUGGAGACCCGCCCACUAGUGCUGACGCUGGUUUCCGGGCAGUGUCUGCCAAGGAAUCCCACCAAGGCCUCUUCUCGGGGCCUGGCACGCAUCCCCCGCAGAAAGCUGCAGCCCAGAGACUUUUUGAGAGAGAGGAUUGGGAGAUGAGGGCAAGGGACAAAACCUGCACCCCGCGAAGGUCUCAUCUUAGCUGGUGUGCCUGCUGGAGUGGGAUACACAUUGCUCCUCUGCCUGUAUCAGCCUUUCAGCUCCUCUCUUCUGCAAACUAUUUUUUUCUACCGUUGGGUGGGCUGCAGACCAGCAGCACUCUUAAGUUUGGCUUGUUUCAACCUUACUUAGGGUUUUUUUUGCGGUGCAAACCCGGCAGGUGAUUAUGGCUCUGGGCAUUGUGUAAUCCCAGGGUUGAACAUAGCUAAGCUUAGUAUAUCACAUCGGUGCGUCCCUUGGGAAGUCAGAGGGAGCUGAUCCUCAGAGCUCCAAACUCAAGCGUGAUUUCUCAUGAGCUAAUUUCAGAUUCUGACGACUCAGCAACAGGCCUGCUUCCAGGCAGGAAGGUUUCUCCUUAGAUUAUGGGGACAGCCGGUAGGAAGUCUUUCUGAUAGAGAGCUGCCGGAAAGAGAGAGGUGUCAGCAGUGUGCUAGCUGAACACUAGCCUCAGUGGCGCUCAUCAUCUCAAGGCCCUCAUCGAGGAGCUGCCCAGGAGGAAGCCCACCCCCACCAUCCCGGGCAGGGCAAGCUGCUGCAUACAAGCAGGGCGCAGACCCCCUCCCUGGCCCUGAUGGCGUUGCCUAGUUGGGUGAUGAAACAUCUGCGGGCCAAGCAAGGUCUCCGCCAGACGAGGUUUGUUUGUUUGUUUGUUUAUUAAUUAAUAAAUUAAUCAAAUUUAUCACCGCCCAUCUCCCAAAGGGGACGCUGGGCGGUUUACAAUAAAGGGGUUCCUGUAACCCCAUUCGUGUCUCUAGAAGCUGGAGGUGAAAUGGCUACUGGCGUGUUUAGCUCCAUCAAGAGGUUCUCCAGGAAUCCUCCAAGCCACUUGGAACACACUGCCCACCGAUUCCAGAGAUCCUUGAAGCCAUCCAUUCCCCGAGCAGCUCUUUUUUCUGCAGGUGCCUCCCUCCCUGCUCCUUGCCAUGCCCGAGGUCGACGGCUGGGCACAUUGAUCUCUGGAAUCCUCGAGGGCUUCGGUGGAUGCUUCCAGCCAUCUCUGAGUCCCAAGGCGGGGUGCCCCGGGCCCUUCCUUUCCUGGGUUCUUUGCAGUUGUUUCAAAUCUAUGAAAAAUCAGAAGAUUCGGUAUGAAUCAGGGACAAUAGCAAAAUAUUCUCAGUUAAGUAUCACGAGAGCUGCUUUGAUGUCAGGAAAUGCUCACCCUAAAAGCAGAUAAACCUUGGUUUGUUUGUUGGUUUGGUGGAGGGGGCGUUCCAAAGGCCGAUCCUACGCAUAUCCCUUGAAAGGUCCCAUCCGCUUCCAUGAGACUCGCUCCUCGAUUUGCAUAUGUGGGAUUGCAACUGUAAUGAGCUGUAAUACAUUAACUUCUUUCCCUUUUUU